GGAGCCCGGCGCGGAUGGAGGCCUGAGGGCGGCGGGGGCGGAGCGCACCGCGAGCUGGGGGCAUGUCCGCGGCGGGCGCCGUCUAGAGGAAGGCCGAGCAGCCGCCACCACGCUCUCAGUCGCGGCGAGACGCAAGCGAGCCAGGCCUAGGGCCGCGGCGGCGAUGCAGCGACGGCGGCGCCCUCCGCCGCCAGCUUCUCAGCUGCCCGAGGGCUGCGGGGGAGGCGGCGGCGGCCGCGGCGGGAGCGAGGAGGUGGAAGUGCAGUUCUCCGCCGGGCGUUUGGCCUCGGCCGCGGCGGUUUCGGCGGCGGCGACGGCCGCGCGCAGCACGGAGGAGGAGGAGGAGCGGCUCGAGCGCGAGCACUUCUGGAAGAUCAUUAAUGCCUUCCGCUACUACGGCACCAGUAUGCAUGAGCGAGUGAACCGAACAGAAAGACAAUUUCGAUCACUUCCAGAUAAUCAACAGAAACUACUUCCUCAGUUUCUUCUUCACUUGGACAAGAUUCGGAAAUGCAUUGAUCAUAAUCAAGAAAUACUACUGACCAUUGUGAAUGAUUGCAUACAUAUGUUUGAAAAUAAAGAAUAUGGAGAAGAUGGGAAUGGAAAGAUUAUGCCAGCAUCAACAUUUGACAUGGAUAAGUUAAAAUCUACACUGAAACAGUUUGUGAGAGACUGGAGUGAGACUGGGAAAGCAGAGAGGGAAGCCUGCUACCAACCAAUCAUUAAAGAAAUUUUAAAAAAUUUUCCGAAAGAAAGAUGGGAUCCUUCUAAAGUAAAUAUUCUGGUACCUGGUGCUGGACUAGGAAGACUGGCCUGGGAAAUAGCUAUGCUAGGUUAUGCUUGUCAAGGAAAUGAAUGGAGUUUUUUUAUGCUCUUUUCUUCCAACUUUGUACUCAACAGAUGUUCUGAAAUUAAUAAAUAUAAGCUUUAUCCCUGGAUCCAUCAGUUUAGCAAUAACCGGAGGUCAGCUGAUCAGAUUCGACCCAUCUUUUUCCCUGAUGUUGAUCCCCACAGUCUUCCUCCUGGUUCUAAUUUUUCUAUGACAGCAGGAGAUUUUCAGGAGAUCUACUCAGAAUGCAAUACCUGGGACUGUAUUGCUACCUGUUUCUUCAUAGACACAGCUCACAAUGUCAUUGAUUAUAUUGACACAAUAUGGAAAAUACUCAAGCCAGGUGGAAUUUGGAUAAAUCUAGGUCCUCUGCUGUACCACUUUGAAAAUUUGGCAAAUGAACUUUCCAUAGAAUUGAGCUAUGAAGAUAUAAAAAAUGUUGUUCUGCAGUAUGGAUUCCAGGUGGAGGUGGAAAAAGAAUCUGUCUUGUCAACAUAUACUGUGAAUGAUCUCUCCAUGAUGAAAUACUACUAUGAAUGUGUCUUGUUUGUGGUCCGUAAACCACAGUAACGUUCUCAAGUGGUAUCAGCAGAAAAAAGUUUGAUAAGAGCAAAUGCUGAAAUAAACAACUCAAAAUCAACUAUCCCAAUGACAGGACACAACCUCAAA